AUCAGUUGUAUCGUCGCUUCGGAAAGGAUAGGACAUAAUUUUCAUGUGGAAAUCCGUACAGUGUGGAGUCGGUGUGAACUGCGUGCCGUUUUGCGUACAGGCUCCUAGUUGGGGUUAAGAAGGAUCAACUUUGAUUUGGCUACUGUUGUACAUCGGGCAGGUGAAAGCCUGCAGAGGGGCUCAUCCAUCAAUCAAACCGAACUGACUUCGUUUUUACAACGAUACUCCCCGGAUAGAGUUACUGCUGCAUUGCUGUACUCAAAAUAAGUGGCUUGUGUGGAGCAAUAAAAUCCCGAUAGUGCGAAGUGAGGGGGCCCAGCGGACGGGACGGCACAUCAUAUCGCUUUUGCAGUUAGUGAUACACAUGGCAAGGCGAUGGUGUAAAAACGUCGAAACGGAACAACCUGGAUCAAAGGACAACCAUCCAGAAGGCGAUUUUUGUGAACCGUUUGGCCGCCAUAUGUCUGCUGGUUUGAGCAGGUCCCCAGUGCCGUUAGAUAAGAGCGAACUCGUGGCACGUCAUACAGAAGCAGAUUAGAGCGAAAUUGUCGAGGGUCAUGUCCUUCAUUCAUGUAGGUUUUUUUUUUUCGUUGAGGCCAACGCUCGUGAAAUCCUUGCUAAAAACCAACAGACUUCUCGUGUGAGUGUGGCUUUCCACGAGACCGAUGAGGUCGGUUUGGGCUGAGCCACUUCACCCAGUAACUGUGGUGGAACCACUUUCUAGCACGACCAACCGAAUAUGUGCGGCAGUGCAAAACUGUGAAUAAAUCGAUGUGGUUACACGUCGUCCAGAACCCGCUCGUAGAAGACUUUUUUGUCACGUUAUACUACCAUUGUUGGCAAAUUGGAAUAAUAAUCGGUUUUACAAGCCCAAGUAGUUGUGGACACCGGAAAGCCGUGGUGAGGAACCGUUGAACAACGGCAUCUAGUCCGAGGACAGAGUGCGCAGCGUUUUAUUUUUUUUUUUUUGUUUCCCGUUUUCGCGGUUGGGAAAAAUCAGAUGCAGUGCUGGUGAGGUUGAUAGAAGAGUAUAAUUAAUUCGGAAUGUGUCGAUAGAGUGGUACUUGCUCAUUAUCGGUGUUGUGUAUUUUUUCCCGAAGAUCGGUCACAUUAAUUAAGUUUAAACGAGUGAAGCCCAACAAUCCGGCAAACGGUGCCGUUCCGGUUUGUGUUUUCUCAUUUACCCUGUGGCGGUAUGUGAGAAACUCGAUAGGCGGCCAAUCAUUAACGUUGUCGGUGGGAAAAAAAACGACGACGACUUUGGACACGCAGCGGACCACAACGCAGAGCACUGAGUGCGGGUCGACAUAUUCUACCCACUUUUGUUCGAGCCCGAACGCUGCUGCACUGUUCGUCUGUUCGUGACACAAUUUCCACACAUAUUUUUUUCACCUAUACACGCCAGAGCAAGACCGUCUCCUGGGGGAAAUUAUUCUUACAUGUGAACGACACACAAAAAGAACCAACACCGUGUGUCAUACAAGAAAUCCAGGCCAUCCGCGCUACAGAAAGAGAGAGAGGUAAGGUAAAAACAAUAUUCGGUACAACAAUACCACUAGGACCUCAUACCGAACACCUCUCUUCGUGAAGAGCUAAGCGAAAAGUAUGAGUUAUGAUAUCUGGGAAACAAACUAGCUCUUCUGGUUAACCUUUCCAUCGCAAAGCACAUUAGUUUCUACCAAGCAAACUGUCAAAAGAAACUCGCCAUUCUGAAACUACAGAUAUCAUCGAAACGGAAAGAUCGAAUCCUAAAGUAGGACAAAAACUGUGAAAAAAGCUUGUAAAGCUUCCGCGUUCAUAUCGUGGCAUCUUUCUAGUUCUUUUAUUCAUUCACUCGAAAGGUGUGCUUCUUGAAGCGCUCCUCAGGUGCAAACCAACCGAAAACGGAAGAAAAUUUAAAUUACCUAACACCGUGUAAUGAUAAGUGAUUAUUAAGUGAAAGAUCUCAGAUAAUACGUAUUCUAUUUCAUUUUUUUCACCAACCUACUUGCCAGCGCUCAGUAAUCGUAGUAGAAGGCAAGACGACGACCGCUGAUAGUGGGAAAUAAAUUGCUUUUCGCUGUAUAGUGCUUCUAAGGCCCCGCGUGGCGCGUUACAAACGAAGAAAAAUCGCGCCCGUUUUCACCGGAACUCGGCCCGGCUUGGACUGUGUGCGCUCAGACGGGGACCGUGUAGGCACGGACGUACGGCGAAGUGCUUGGAUAUCUGCGCCUGGCAGCUACCGCGAAGAGCUUGUUAUAAAGGCGCAAAAAAAGCUGCUGAAAGGAAAAUAAAUUAAAAAUCAUAUUCACUGAUAAAUUACGCCCCGCGUAAGUCGCACCGUUAGGCCGUCGUAUUGUAUUGAGUGCAGUUCCGGGCGAAACCGAGGUAAAAACGCGUUGACCCAGUUGAAGCGCGCGCGUUGUGAACAGAUAAGGACUAUUGUGGUGAGGAGGAACUUCCAGUUUAUCGGUUGAAUCGGUGCAGGAGAACUUGAUGCCGGGAUUCAAUUCUUGAAAGUUGCCACCGUUGAAAUCACCACUGCAACUACAUCGUCUCAAAACCGGCCUCAUCAGCGCCCCAAGACUGAACCAGCUACCGUUAAAAAUUACUCAACCCCGCGCACCACCUGCCCUCAGCUAUGCACACUGCCACCGGCUAGCAGCUAGCUACGUCUCACGGAUCGAUUGUCAUUGCCACCGGAUUGUUACAGUUUUCAAUUAAAAUUUCAUUUUCACUCGCGAACGGAUUUACUACUCUGUUGCUGCAAUGCCCGCCAAGAUACACAAAAUGACGGGAUUAGGUCAGCCGGCGACCAGCUGUCGGAUUAUCAUCUACUCGACCACGUUGAUACUGUUGGUCUUUCUGCGGCAAGUUUACUCGUUCUGUCCGUCGAUAUGCACGUGCGAGGUAGAUCCAACUGCGCGCACGUGGUGCAUCGGAGCCGGCCUAGAUGUGGUCCCAAUUCAGCUUAAUCCGGACGUACGUUACAUCAAUCUGACGGCGAAUCAUAUCACCAACGUUCAUUUUACGCUUAGUUUCUACCACAAACUAGAGGUGCUGGACAUUUCAUUCAACCGGAUUGACACGUUGGGGUCCAGAAAUUUUGACACCCAGGAGAAUCUAAGAAUGUUAAACCUUAGUUAUAAUGCGAUUGUGAGCAUUCCGAAAGAUGCAUUCAAAGGUCUGAAACGGUUACAGAUCUUAAAGUUGUGCAACAACCGGAUAGAAACCAUUAAUCCAACAGCGUUCAAUGAACUGCGAAAUCUUAUCGAGCUUGACUUUGCCAACAACGCCAUUAUUUCGCUAGAUCAUGGAGUUCUUAGGCACUUGUACUCCCUAGAGAAAAUAACUUUUCAAAACAACCAGCUGUUGGAGGUACCAUUUGAGUAUAAUCUUGAGUACCUUUCUCGCUUGCAGUCGCUGGACUUAUCAGUCAAUCUGAUAGAAUUCAUUGCUAACGACAGUUUCGUGAGUCUACGGGAAUUACGGGCGCUUCGAAUGGGCGGAAAUGUUCUAACCGAACUCGACUACGGUGCGUUCCACGGUUUACAUGCUCUUCGUGUGUUGGACCUUGCUGACAAUAACUUUACAGUUGUGCCAACACUGCAAUUAUCGAAACUCUGCAAUCUGACAUAUUUAUCGCUGAGUGGUAAUAGCUUCGACUCGUUCCCUGCCGUAGCAUUUAUGAAUCUGUUCCAGCUUCGGCAGCUGCAUCUGGACCGGCUUGAUCUUCUCGAUAGGAUAGACGUGAGAGCCUUCGUCGAUAACACCCACCUUCACACCUUGACGCUGGACGACAAUCCAUCAUUCACAACGCUACCGCUACGAUUAUUUCAUGGAAACCCACAUUUGGUAGAAAUUUCCAUGCGCCGUAACGCCCUCGUUCGACUGGAAGCGGUGCAGUUCCCCCUGGACCGACUGCAUCGGUUGCGGUUGGCGGGAAACCCGUUAGUAUGCAACUGCUCCCUGCUUUGGCUCUGGCGGUUGGUCAGUGAGGGCGAUCCGGAUGAUGAAUUUCUGCUCACUUCUGCAGCGCUGACCAGUGCAGGAGCCGCGGUCGACGAAGAACCUUCGUUGCACCCGCUUGUCAUUGAUCGGGACGAGUUGGGCUGUGAUCUGUUGGAAGAUGGGAAAAAAAUUCGUCGAACUCUGCGGACGAUGACCGAAUCGGAUAUGAAUUGUCCGACACAUGUUGUCACUGUGAUCAGUGCCGUCUUCAGCAUGCUACUGCUGAUGGCCACCGCAGCUAGUGUUCUUUACUUUUUCCGGUUGUCCAAAAGGCGGAAAAAGCUACUCCACAACGGCAAACCAGCUAACGAUUUGAUUGUGCCACAAAAAGUAGACAAGCUCGAGUUGGAGCGAUAUUUGGCGCAACAAAGUGCAGCCAGUGAAUAUCGGCCCCUACGAGGAGGUCCCUGGGAGGUUACACCGAUGCUAAAGGACGACCAGUAUCAGUAUGGCAACACGAUACACGAACCGGACCAUUACGAAAGCUUCGAAUAUUAUCAGCCAGCACCGACCCGGCAGAGUUCACAGCACAAACGAACGACCCUCGCCAGACCACAUAUCGUGUACGUAUGACUCUAGACCGGCCGGAAGAUCCGUAGUAGCAGCAGUAGAAAAUGCUUCGGCAUCUGUAGCGAUGGCGAUAGCAAAAGCGUGCGGCCACUUCUCGUUGAUAGCGCCGUUUGAGGUUAUGUUUUAUUUUCUUUCUUCCGAGUGAUGAAAGCCAAAUCCGGGCAUGGAUUAUACGGCAAGGGAAAUGAAAUCGUUGUAAAAAAAAUUAACAUAAAUAUAAGCACUCCCCCAUUCCGCUUUGUGUCGUACGAAAGUAUUCGUCAGAAGUGUGUAAAUAGGGCAAUGUGAAUGUGGGAUAGCAUAAUAAACAGGUUACAUACACAAUACAUAGGGUAGAAGUGAGAAACAUCAUAAAGACAUGAAUAUUUACAGAAGCAAAGGGAAGAAUAUAUUUGAUAAUAAGCAGAUAGCAAAAGCGUAUGCUAAUAGGAAAGGAAAUCUGUAUUAUUACGGCACACAAGGGAUAACCGGAAAUGGAUAGCUGGGAGUGUGAUAACAGGCUUUCGGGAGUUCAACCAUCGAUUCGAGGAAAAAGUAAAGUGAGUUUUUCUUGUGAAAUUACAUUCGAGUCGUCGCGUAGUCUUGCUUCAAGGUACGUCUUUAUGCCUAAAGGAUUGAAUUUAUUGGAGCCUUUCAUUUGUUCGAGAAAGUAUCAACACGAAAAUAAUAAUCUUGAAUUGUAAUGAAUAACGAAACAAAAACUUAAGAGCUUUGAUGACUUUAAUUCAUAUCGCAUUUAUGGUUAUUCUCUAUGAAUUAAAGGCGUUUUGUGUUUGACUGAUUCGAGUCACCAAUUGAAUUUACUUUUGAGAAAUGAUAACAACUCUUGAAAAAAUGGUACUUUGAUAAUGAUUAAAUCCUAUGCAUUCUAUCGAUUUUAACUUCAUUUUUGUUAUUUCAGGAACUUGAAAAAUGUUUCUUGUCUUUAAUGAAAAACUCAAUGGAAUUAAAAUUUGAAAAAAAAAUGCUACAUCGAGUGAUCUAGAGACAUUGUCACUAAUAGCCAUGCGACUCCAUAACAAUGUAAAAUAAGAACGUAUAUUGUUGCUAGGUUCCUAUAUUGAAAACAUUCAGACCACAACAUGAAUGAAGCUACACGUUGUUUGACUUUUGUAUUCUGUUUUAGAUUACCCCCUUCAUAGUUUUUCCUCCGUUGCAUGUUCUAGACAGUUCCGACAAAUUCUGCUAUGAUUUCUGGCAAUUGUUCGUACAGAAUAUAAUUUUUCAUGCUCGACAUUUUGUUCCUGAAUUUAGGGAUUUACAGUACGGCUUCUAAUUCUGGAUCUUGACAAAUCUUGCAUAGUAAAAUGAUUUCACAACCUUUGCAAUAUCUAUGUAAAUUUCUUAAAUAACUGCUGAUAAUUGUUUAAAAUCAUUUUUCAAAGUUAGACCUACAAUAAAACUUGUCGAUAAUCAGAGAAUCACUAGCGUGUAGUAGAAUAACUUUCACUGUUAAAACAACUGUUCUAAUACUGGCGGGCAAUGCGACGCACUUGCUAGAAGAGAGCAGCGAAUCGGUUGUAUUUUAGGAGCUAGCGAAAAAAACACCGCGGUUAAAUCUGGUAUAUCUCUCUAAAGAGAUAACAAACUGGUGUGAGCUUUUUCAGACGAAAGCACAACAGAGCUCACUGCUGUGUCUCUCAGGCAAAUAUCAAAUGAAGAGAGCCUCUAGAUAGGAAAGUAGAUAUGGUUUUUGCUUUUGUUUGCUCUUCAAAUGCUUUCGAAUUUAUCUCAACAACGUGUAACAGCGCAUUCAUCCUAAAAACAUCUCCUCUUACCAUAAUAAUUCAUUUCUCCUUUUACCAUUUACAAAACUCGAAGUGUAUUCCUUUCCUUGACCUUAUCAACAGACCCUCGUAUUAAAGAAAAGCUUGGUUUGUUCAUUGAUUUGAACACUAAACACCACAGAACAGCUGCAAAAAGGCAACCACAAAUGCGUGAUACCAUGAUUAUUAUGCUUGCCAGUGAAGACUUUCGAGCCUGUCAAUUCCCUGUCCUGGCUGAUGUAAGUCCACAAUAGCUGAAGGAAUAAAUGAAAAGAUAUGAAAAUUUCAACGCAAAAGUGCUCUCAAAGGAAAUUUCACUAAGAUGAUAUUCCUUCUUCCAAACUGUGACACAAAACCGAUUCCACCACCAUUCCACCAGCAUCGCCCUUCUCGUCCAACCACAAGUUGGGCAAAUAAUUUCAAUAGGAAAUCUACCACAAUCGUACUCACGCACACGCUCGCGCACACUUGCCGCUUCUAGGAUUAAAUUCCAUUCAUUUCUAUUUCAAUUCAGUACAAAACUUUUUCCCUCUCUGUCUUCUUCUUUCGACAGAAUUUUCUACUAGCGUGUUACAUACGCAUUUCUUUUCUUCAUUUCAAUUUCGCUACUGUAGCAACAUCCACCAGAUAUAACGGUUAUCCUUCCCUGGGGUGUAUAGGUGUAAGUACAAAGAUUAAGAAUGUUGAAAGAAAAACAGCAGCAAAUUUCCGCUGCUGCUGUGCGGAUGCCGCUUUCUUUGUGCUGCCGUGACAUUUUGACAAGACAUUCAUUGGGAAAAGCCGCCAGGGCAAAUAACACAUAGCUCUUUUUCACGGAGCCCGCUGGCUUCUUUCUUGUUACGCUUUCACGAACAUUGACUUCAAAAUUAGUUGUUUUCAAUAAAACUGAAGUUUGAAUUACGUUCAUGUCGUACAUAAAGCCUCGAGUUUGGUGAGCUUUCUUAUAAUAAUCGCAAACAUCCGCUGGCGUUUCAGUCUGCCCGAAAUGAAUUUUUAAUAUCAGCACAUGGCACAGUGAUUACGAACUAAAUAAAAUUAAUAACAAAACCAAUUUUUUCUACAGUAUAAACCAGCAUCACUGUCAAAAUAUAUUAUUCUCUUCAACGAACCCAAUUCAUAAAAAAGCAAGACGUAGGUAUAAAAGAAAACUUCCAGAUACUUGCACAGGAAGUAAUAAACCUGGUGCUUAAAGCGAGCAACUCUUCCAGCUCCGGAUCCGUCAAACGUUAUCCUUUGCGCGAAGAAAAAAAAACCAACCCGACCGCGUUAUGGACGCAGUAUAAUAAACUAGAUCCAACCACAGCCGUAAUGAAAUGAACUGGAAUUAAAAUUAAUGGACUCUAUACUUUACUGUAAACCGGCGUGUUGCUUGACUAAGGAAAGCGUUUCUUUCACUCUUCGGUUUAUAUCGUCAAACAAAUAUCUAUAACGAACUGUGCACAGUUUAUGCUAAAUUUGGUGUACCAUCUAAGGAUUUUUUUUCUACCAAAUUUAAUCACGUAAUUCUAGAUAAAGGCGACGAACACGAAAACAAUAAUCAAAAUACAGUAAUUUUACAAAUGUACUUCUUCUACCGUAGGUUAAAUGCAAUUUGGAUAAUGCUAUAAUGGAGUUAAACUGUAUAAUACAAGAUAAGUGAGAUUAUUUCUGCUAGCCUGAUAAGAAAUAAAAAAAUAGAAACUAGGUAACGCGUCUCGAACCAGCUUAAUGUUUGAUGAAUGCAGGAUAGAAUUGUAAAAAAAUCGCAUCUUGGAAAGAUACAACCAAAAUAAGCAAUACCAAUAGCGAAAUUAUUGAAGUAAGAGAAAUGUAUAUGAAAAGGUAGCCCAAACACAAAUGUAAACCGAAGUAUAAUGAACCGACCUACCAGCAUAGAGAAGCAAGAGCAGCGUUAGCUGUCAGGAAAUGAAUCAGCGAAAGUAUCGAUAGAAGCCAGAAGUUUAGCUAAAUGAAUAUUUUGAUAAUGAAACGAAACGUGCGAAAUAAAAACGUAAUAAAUUCA